UUGUACCCUUAUUUACGAAAUUACCCCACUCAAGGAACUUUACUAAAAAACUUCUCCCACCCAAGUCAUCUCUAUUCUCUGUUAUGAUCUGUUUAAUAAACUGCCCAUCAAGUGUUCGACGAAACGCCUGAAAGGACAGUUGCUUUCUUAGACGAGUACUGACCUGCGGAGACUUGUCUUUAAAGGAGAAAAUUCAAAGCAGCAGAAUUGGCAACGCUUACUAAAAACAGAUUCCAAAUCUUAGAUUCAAUGUCUGAAACAGACAGAUGGUGAGAUGAUCCCUUCAGAUGCUAUUGCCAUUCACUGAUGGAAACUGUGUAGGUGAAACCAAAUACCCUGCGAUAUGGUAAAAGGAUUUGGUGGAAAGGGAAAGAAAGAGACAAAUGCUUUUGUCAUGCUUACCACCUUUAUCCGUUGAAAAAUCUUUUCUCCACCGCAGACCCAGAAAAAUAAUAAUAUUGUUUUCUUUUAACCUUUUUGUUGUCUUCUUAUAAAGAGAUGUAAAACACACAAAUACAUUCAGAUUUGAGCUUUCUUCUUAUAUCUUCGAGGGGGACCAGAAAAUCAAAACUAUAUUGGUUCAACUUCUCUUGAAAAGUGAAAUACUUUUGAUUUCUCCUUCAGUUUGAAUGAUUCUGGUGUUUGUUAGCCAACCAACAUGCUCAGUUUCCAAGAAGAAUGGAUGCUUACAAUUGUAUAGUCAUAAUCUUCUGCAUCGCCUUGUUUGCAAUCAAUCUAGUGUUUUCAUGUUUCACUUGCUUCUCCAUUCUAUUCAUGACAGAGGAAAACAAGGAUUUGAGUGAUCUCAGAAAGAAUCUUCUCGAACCAGAAGAAGCCAAACCGGAUGAGAAGGUAAUGAUCAUUACAGUCUCGGGUAGCCAAGGAUUCCCAGACUCCACUGAUGAUGAUUGUGGCCAAGAUUGCUCUCAUGAAGAUAUUUGUGCUUGUUAAAAAGAAAAAGGUGGCUUCUAUUUUCAAUACAGAGUUCUUCUCCUCAUGUUUUGCAAUUUUUUCCUUCAUCUUACUCCUACAUGUACAUGGUCUUAAAUCCAUAGGUUGAGAGAGCAUCACAUCUUCUGCUUCAGAAUCCAGAUUAUUUUUUUCGUUUUA